AUGGAGAAAGAUGACUCCUCACACUUACUGACACCCGAGUCAGCGAAAGCCAUCAUCUCAAGGAUUCAGACUGCCCAGCUAACUCGGGCUCGGGAGAAUAUUUCUUCGGAGCUCUCAAACAUCUUGGACAAUGUCAACAGUGUCAUCAGUCGCUUCCAGAAAGAAUUAGGAUAUGACUUAGGAGAAAAGUCUGAAUCUCACCAUCUGGUGGAAAAAGGCAAAAACAGAUUCAUCUUAUUGGAAAAAAUUACCUCCUUGUCCACAGAUGCUAAGACAAAAGAGAAGCACUUGUAUGAAAUUCUCCACUGGCUGGGUGACUGGGGUGACAGUCUGACCUAUGAAAUCAGAAACAGGAAGAAUGAGAAAGAUGAGGAAUCCCAGGAUGAAUGGAUUGAAGUGAUAGAGAAAAUGUUACCGCUUUCCCUCAUUGCCACCAAAGGAGGCAUCGAGUCUCUCAUUUCCCUUUGCUCUACUCUCAUUGAAGGAGAAAGGAAAAGAGCACAAAUGCCCAAAUACACCUUCUGGCAGGGAUGGCAGGAAAGAGAUCAACAAACAUCAACAUCUUCCUCUCAGCCACUGAGUCCACAGCAGAUGUUCCAGGACAAACACACCAUCUGCACCAGGGCGUCUGAGGUGAAGUCCAUGCUGCAGGAGCUCCUGGACUCGGCCAUGUUCAGCACAGGAGAGGUCAGGGCCAUAAGGUACAUAUCCUCUGUGGUGGAAGACCUCAGCAACGCCUUGAUCCUACAGCAUGAGGAGAACAAGAGCCUGGAGACAAAAUACAGAUGCCUGAAAACAGAGAUGGUUCAAGAAGUCAGUAGCCAGAGGCUGAAGUUCCAGAAGUCUCUCCAAACCCUUGAGACGGAAAGAGAUGCCCUACUAAAGCAGGUAGAAAUUCUUGGGAAAAAGUGCCAUGAACUAUCCCUGAUAAACCAUAGUCUAGAGUACAAGUUGAAAGAGGCGGAGGUUGCUGUAAGUCAAGCAAAAGACUCAGCCAUGAUCUCAGAUGACUCUUCAGACUCCCCUGAAGAAAAGACCCCCCCAGAGGAAAAAUCAGUCAUGGCGGAAACCAAACAGGAACACGAAGAGGAGGAGCGACUGUUUUUGUCACUUGCCCAAAUUGACAUGGACUGGGAUUCACAACCUUCAUCAUAUCAGUCACUCCCCACCAUGACCACAAAUCCAGAGAUUGUGGAUUUGAUCAGCAGCAAGGACACCCAAAUUCUUGGGCCCAAGUUGCUGUCCUCAGGAAAAAGCCCAGACCACAGAGACACAAACCAGAGGGGCUUCUUGCAGGAAGCAUCCCCGGAGAAGGAAGAUCUGCAAAAUCAGCUUCGUUUCAGUGAGCAGCAAGCUCCAGAGAGCUUCGAGAAGGAAGUGGACCAGAGCACUUGGAUGGAGCACUGGGAAGAGAAACUCAGCUGGCAGAAGCCGAAGCAGCAGUGGCUGCAGGAGGAGGAGUUGUGGCAGCAGCAGCAGAAAACGUGGACCCUGCUGGAGCAGGAGCACGAGGAGAGUCUGCAGCAGGGGACGCCGGAGGAGGUUCCCGAGGAGAAUGUGGUCCAGGGGCUGAAGGAGCAAAAGAGCCCAAGGAAGGAACCAAAAGGAGACGUGAAGAGGAAGCUGAUUGUGAUCAGCGGUCAAGGGAAGUUCUCAAAGGGAGAGGCACCACUCACAGCUCCCCCGAGCCAGACCCAAUCUCUUCAGCAGCGCAGGAGGCCACACCUGCCCAGGCCCCCUUGUGCUCAGCCCAUCACCCCCAGAAGCCAAAGGACAGUGAGUUCAGCUGAAUUUAAUCAGAAACCUGCGACCCACAAGGUUUGCACAAAGCCCAGGAAAUCAGCCACCUCUCCAGCCUUGGGACUGUCCCUCCACAAGAGGUCCCAGUCCCCUUUGCACAUAUCCCCAGCCCCUCUGAAGGCAAAGGUGUACCACAUGGCUGCCAAGGCCCUGAGAAAGAACCUGCGGCUCCUUCUGGGGAAUGGCAACUCGGGGCUGCCUGCCCCCCUGCGCAGCAAGGCUCUGGAACUCACCACCACCACCAUGGAGCUGAGCCUGCUCAGGCUGCAGUAUCUGUGCCUCAAGUACAUCCGCUACAGAUGCAUCCAGAGUCUCCGGCAAGAGAUGAUCAACCACAUACAAGACAUGCAAAAAACCAGAACUCCCUGCCAGGCCCAGAACCUCUCCAUCUUCCUGGAGAACAUCAACAGCCUGCAGAAUCUUAAAAUGCAGGCCUGGACAGACAGGCAGAAGGCUGUAGAGGAGAAGUACCAAGAGUGUCUGAGCAACAUGAUGACGUUGUUCCCCAAGCUCCGGCUGGAACGUAACAUUCCCCUGCAGCUGCCCAGGAUUACAUCCCCAAAACUAAGAAAAAACAAGUCAUUUCCAUCCUUACUCCGGCGCACCCAAUCCAGCAAUGCUUCCCUCAAGCAAUCCUUUACAUCCAACUCUCCGGAGAGUGAGUCCCUGCAGAAGGCCUGCAAACAGGGAGACUCUGUGAAGACAGUAUGGAAGACUGAUGUGGCCUCCUCCAGUUAUCUGAUAGAAGAAAAGAUCCCUACCACAUUGCACUGGGAGCAGCUGGGGGGGCACCCGGAGAUCCCCCAGCUGUUGACUCUGGACAUGCAUUCCUGCUACCACAAAAGCUUGAUGUGGCUCAAAGCCUGGUAA